AGCUGCUCCUGUUAUUGUUUAUCACACAAAACACAUGUCAAUCAGACUUGGACAAAAAGCAAACUUUGAAUGCAUUGUUGAUGGUACGCCAAUACCGUCUGUAUCGUGGCAGCACAGUGGGAGAAAUUUAGAUUUCACCAGUGGUCAUUACAAGGUCGAGAACAAUGGAAGGCUACAUACACUGACUAUCGAUGCCGUACUGGAAAGAAAUGCAGGAAGCUAUAUGUGCAUGGCAAGCAACGAAUAUGGAUUCGUCCUGUCGACACCUGCUACGCUAAAUGUUGAAGACAACACAGAUACCUGCAUUGGAAAUAAUACACUGAAAACUGCACAUGAGAGGGAAAGUGUGACUUUGUGCUGUAACAAUAACAAACAAGGAUAUCCACCAAUCUGGAAGAAAGAUGGCAUUAUCAUAGACAACACAACAAAUCGAGUGUUUCUAACUAAGACGUGGGAACUGCUGCUGAUCAAAGUGCGAUAUGAAGACAGAGGAACAUACACGUGUAAUGGACACACAAAACACACGACUGUUUUGACAGUAGAAGGGGUACCACCUCCAACACCGAUAGUUAUGGAAGCGACAGUAAUGGAAACCAAUCCGCCAAUGGUUUUUGUUCGGUGGUUUGUUCCUGUUUUCAUCACACAUUGGCCUAUCACAAAAUUCAAAGUCAGUUGUUGGUACUUGCCUAACCAGCAGGGAGGGAGGAGCAUCACUUUUACAUCACCCUCCUUUUUGUCUACAACUGUUGACUGCCUGAAAGGAGCCACUAGCAAUACCAUGUGGGUCUUGGUCACAGUCACGGCUGUAAACGAUGUACAUGAAACACUCUCACAACCCACAUAUUUCGUAUACAACCAUAGACAUACAACAAGUUUGACACCCAGCAAAGAACCUGCAAACGUGUUAGAAUCUACAACUAACGUGCCAUCACAUGGAUUGUCAACAAGUAGGCAAGCCACCCAAGGAAGCCAAGGAUCACUUACAACGGGUACGUCAGCAUCACAUGAAACUGCAGCAAGUACUACAUCUACUACAAGUACAGGUACAACAGCAGCAACAAGUUCUCUCUGCAAAGACAAGGACAAUAGUGCAAAUAUCGGUUUGGGUCUUGGUAUCGGAAUACCAGUCGGUAUUCUUGUGAUUGUGUUGAGCAUCACGAUUCUGGUUAUGUGUGUCCGAAGAUUACAUAAAGACAACAGUGCCGGUGUACACGAAAGUGAUGAAACCAAGAGAAAUGUGGCGGUACUAUCCUGUCGCAAUUUGCAGUAUGACAAUGAGGAGGGUGUGCAGCACAACGUAACUAACACGUUCAUGAACACACAGCAACAGUCGGAAGAAUUUCUUUACCAGGAACUCAGCCCGCCACCAACUCCUCCUCCUCCUCGGCGACAUAUCAAUCAUCAAACCAGCACAUAUUCCAACAUUCUAAGUGGAAAUAGUGAUCAGUACGAGAACAUGAUCAAAACAUUUCCAUCUGGAUAUGAUGCAGAGCGUCCCAAAAGUGGUCAGGAAACCAACAAGAGAGGCCUAGAACAAUCAGAACGUGAGCUAAGUUCAGAUGAGCGACCACAGGCGAUAUUGUCGAGAACUCUCAGCACGAUGUAUGAGAAAAUAGGAAGCAAAGAUGAGUGUGAGGGUUUCGUUGCAUUGCAGGACAAUGUGCCACAAGUGAGGUUGCUUGAUACACAGAAGAGAAAAGCGAGUCGUGAGAUUACUGACAUCGCCUUUUGCUGAUCUACUGUUGUAUGGAUGUUUACAGCACGUCAGAUGGUAGAAUGUUUAGUUCAUAAUUAGAAAAUACUUCCUAGCAAGUUUAUAGCUAGAGAACGUACGCUGAAGCCCAUAAAUUGUUUCGUUUAUUGAUGUUAGUUGACUAUGUUAGGAGUGUCCUUGUGGUGUUACAGAGCAUCCAUUGAUUAAAAGAAAGAAAU